AUGCUGCUCAUUUGGACACUGUCUCUGCUACUGGGCACAGUGGCAGGAAGUGAAGUCUGCUAUUCAAGAGUGGGAUGCUUUACAGAUGAUGAGCCAUGGGGUGGCACUGCACAAAGACCUUUCAAAGUGCUCCCCUCGUCUCCAGAAGACAUCGACACCCGUUUCCUUCUGUAUACCAAUGAAAACCCAAACAACUACCAGGAAAUUCUUCCAGAUAAUGUGGCAGCUGUCAAGAACUCUAAUUUCAACACGAAUAGAAUAACUCACUUUAUUGUUCACGGCUUCCUAGACGAAGGGGAAGAAGACUGGCUGACAAACAUGUGCGCGUCUGUAGUUUGGAGCUAUAAGGUAACUGUCACAUUGUCUGGAACCAAGGUUACUGGAAAAAUACUAGUAUCUUUGUUUGGAAGUAAUGGAAACAGCAGGCAAUAUGAAAUUUACAAUGGGAGUCUACAACCAGAUGCUACACACAGUAAUGAGAUUGAUUCAGAUUUUGAUGUUGGAACCCUUGAAAAAGUUAAAUUUCUUUGGGACAACAAUUUGAUCAAUCUAACCCGGCCCACACUAGGAGCAUCCACGAUCACUGUACAAACUUCAGAUGGAGAAACGUAUAAUUUCUGUAGCAGUGAUACUGUAAAAGAAGAAGUUCUACUAACUCUCAAUGCUUGCUAA